GGAACGUACUCGGAGUCAGGGCGACUUUCAGAGAAGUCUGCCAUUGCCAAGACGAGACGCAGCCUAUUUAAGACAAUCACAUGAUUUCAUUGGGAGUCAAAAUGGUCCGCGGGGGUCGCUGGGUAGAGAGAGAGAGAACGGCAGAGUGAGAGAGAGAGAGAGAGAGAGAGAUAGGGGGGGAACUUGAAUUCUAUUCGGACUGUCUGAGUGAGGAAAAAAACGAAAAUGACUUGCCGGGAGAGAGGACUUGAGUUGAAGCAAUUUAACGCGUCUGGAUACUGGAGAUGAAUGGAGACCAAAGUGGCUUAACUGAAGAAGGCUGCAUGUGAAACUUGUUGAUGCUUCAUUCAUCACAAGUAAAAGCGCUGCUGUUGGCUGGUUUAUUUUUCCAAACGGCGGCUGUGUCAUUUAGGCUCUGCGAUCCACGGACAUGGCUUUCCUGCGCCUUUCUCGUGCAGAGUGGAGGAACUGGACGCGGUGGUUGCUCUUUUUGCACCUCUUUUGUUUUUUCACGCUGAGCAAAAGCGUGCUUUUGAAUGACGGUGCUGACAGUCUAGGAUAUCGACCACGAGCAUCGGAUCUGCUCCGAUCUCUCAACUUGCCUCAACACACAGAAUAUGAGAUUGUUUCUCCAUAUGAGGUCAAUCACCAAGGUCUCUACAUCUCUCAUGAAGUUGCUCACCAUCAGCGCAGAAGAAGACGCAGAUCUCUGACUCCAGAUGCAGGAUCAUCAAACAAUGGCAGUGAAACCGUCCACUUCCGGCUCAGUGGCUUGGGGCAGGACUUCCACAUGGAGCUGAGGGAGGCCUCGGAGAGCCUGAUUGCACCUGGCUUCACCAUCCAAGUCCUGGGAAAGAACGGCACCAAGAGCCUGAGGGCCUACUACCAGAACGACCUCUGCUUUUACCAGGGGUCGCUGAGGUCGGGGGUCAACUCCUCGGUGGCACUGUCCACAUGCAUGGGGAUGUCAGGUUUGAUCCGAACACAAGACGCAGACUAUUUCCUGAGACCGGUGCCAAGAAGCCUUGCCCAGAGAGAAAACUUCUCAGCACCCUUUAGUCACCAACCUCACAUCCUCUACAAGAGACAAAGGGAGUCUGAAACAGCGCAGAAAGGCCGCCGGGUGCUUCAGAAAAGAUCCACAGAUUCAUCUCCUCGCAGUCACUUCGUAACAAACACAGAAACCACCUUCAGCACCGUUCAUGAGGAUCAACACAGGGGCCUGCAGAAACAGCAAAGUAGCAUCAAUCCUCAUCGUCACGACAACAGCAGCAGCGACAGUCACGGCGAGCAUACGACGCAUCACCAUCACCAUGGUAGCCAUCGCCAUGACAACGACUACAGACAUGGGGAGAAGCAGAGGCAACACUUCUGUGGGAGAAGGAAGAAAUAUAUGCCCAAACCUCCAGAAGAAGAUGUUUUUAUCCUCCCAGAUGAGUACAAGUUCGUCCCCAGGAACAAAAGGGCAGCGCUGAUGAAGAAUCAGGCCAAUCAGAAGCUCAAUGUGGAGACUCUGGUGGUGGUGGACAGAAAGAUGAUGGACAACCACGGCCAUGAGAACAUAACCACAUAUGUUCUUACUGUACUGAACAUGGUCUCCAGUCUGUUCAAAGAUGGUACAAUAGGAGGGAAUAUCAACAUUGUGAUAGUGGGCCUCGUCCUCCUGGAUGAAGAUCAGGACGGUUUAGUGAUCAACCACCAUGCAGACCACACGCUGAACAGCUUCUGCCACUGGCAGUCCACUCUUGGAGGCAGAGAAGGCCGACACCACGACCAUGCCAUCCUCCUCACAGGACUCGACAUCUGCUCCUGGAAGAAUGAACCCUGUGAUACUCUUGGGUUUGCUCCUAUUAGCGGGAUGUGCAGCAAAUACCGGAGCUGCACCGUAAAUGAGGACACCGGUCUGGGUCUGGCUUUCACCAUUGCACAUGAAUCUGGACACAAUUUUGGAAUGGUCCAUGACGGUGAAGGGAAUGUCUGUAAAAAGUCAGAGGGCAACAUAAUGUCUCCCACAUUAGCCGGCCACAAUGGAAUCUUCUCCUGGUCUGCCUGCAGUCGCCAGUACCUCAGCCGCUUCCUCAAUUCUGCCCAGGCUUUGUGCCUAUCAGAUGAACCCAGAGCAGUCAAGGAGUAUCGCUACCCUGAGAAGCUGCCUGGCGAGCUGUACGAUGCCGACACACAGUGCAAAUGGCAGUUUGGGGAGAAGGCCAAACUCUGUACCCUCGACUUCAAGAAGGAUAUCUGCAAGGCUCUGUGGUGCCACCGAGUUGGGAGGAAGUGUGAGACCAAAUUCAUGCCAGCUGCCGAAGGUUCAGCCUGUGGCCCUGAUAUGUGGUGUCGUCGGGGCCAGUGUGUGAAGCAGGGCGACGAGGGUCCGAGGCCUCAGCAUGGACACUGGUCCGACUGGUCGUCCUGGUCCAGCUGCUCCCGAAGCUGCGAAAGUGGAGUCACCUAUCGGGAGAGGCAGUGCAACAACCCCAGGCCUAUGUAUGGAGGGAAGUUCUGUGAAGGCUCCUCCAGGUCGUACAAACUUUGUAAUACUGUGGAUUGUCCCUCCAACACCAUCGACUACAGAGCGCAACAGUGUGCUGAAUAUAACAGUAAACAGUUCAGAGGAUGGUUCUACACCUGGAGACCAUAUACUCGUGUGGACGAUCAAGAUGUAUGUAAGCUGUACUGCUUCGCUGAAGGUUAUGAUUUUUUCUUCGCCUUGGCCAGCAAAGUUAGGGAUGGGACACUUUGCUCACAGGACAGCUCCAAUGUCUGCAUUGAUGGACUGUGUGAGAGAGUGGGCUGUGACCGUGUUUUGGGCUCCACAGCUGUGCCUGAUGCUUGUGGGGUGUGUAAAGGAGAUAACUCCACCUGCAAGAUCUACAAAGGGCAGUACACAAAGCAGCAUUUUACGAACCAGUACUAUGGGGUGGUAACCAUCCCACCUGGAGCUCGGAGUAUCCGUGUGGUGGAACUAAAUACAUCCAGUUCCUACUUGGCUAUCAGAGACACCCAGAGACACUACUACCUUAAUGGCCACUGGACAGUGGAUUGGCCGGGACGACACCCCAUCGCUGGAACAAUCUUUGAGUACAAGAGACCUUAUAACAGACCAGAGAGCCUCAUAUCAGCCGGACCCACCAAUGAGACUCUUAUCAUAGAGAUAUUGUUGCAGGGCUGGAAUCCAGGCGUACGUUGGGAAUAUACUCUCAAGAAAACUGAUGACAAACUGAUGAAGAAUUACAUCAAGCACAAUUAUACAUGGGCCAUCAUACGCUCCCAGUGCUCAGCGACAUGUGCCGGAGGCCAAAUGAACACAAAGACAGCGUGCUACAGAGACUUGAGACUGCAGGUGAACAUGUCAUUCUGCAACCCCAGAUCAAGACCAGCUACUGGACUGAUACCCUGCAACACCCAACCAUGUCCUGCCAGCUGGUCUGUAGGAGAGUGGGGGGUUUGCAGCAGGAGCUGUGGAGGAGGGGAGCAGACACGGCAGGUCCGGUGUGUCCAGAGAAGCAGCCAGACCAACGUAGACACCCUGGCUGACUCUCAGUGUGCCCAGGCCGCCCCAGCCAGGAGACAGGCCUGCAACCCUCACAGCUGUCCUCCAGUCUGGAGCACUGGGCCGUGGUCUCAGUGCUCUCGUAAGUGUGGCAAUGGUUUGAAGAAGAGGACAGUGCUGUGUACGAGCACCAACCCAGGUGCCCAGACGCUUCCUGACAGUGUGUGUGCAGGUCUACCGAAACCUGCCAGUCAAGAAUCCUGCUUCAUCAAACGCUGCCAGAAGCAACGCAAGGUCCAGUGGUUUGUCUCCACGUGGCAAGAGUGUUCGGUAACGUGUGGUCGUGGCUAUCAAACACGCUUCAUCAAGUGUGCAGAGAAGGACACUGCAGGAAAAUACAGAGAACUUGCUGCCAAGAAAUGCCACCAUGUCCCCAAACCCACCGUGGAGCUCCAGAAGCCCUGCAUCCUGCCCGCGUGUCCCGUCCGUACAACCCCACCUGUCCACCGAUGGAGGACGCAUCAACGCACACAUCCAACCCAGCCACGACCUCAUCCUCCGCCUCGACCAGGGUGGCACUCAUCUCCUUGGUCUCAGUGCACAGUGACAUGUGGAGGAGGAGUUCAGGCCAGGACGGUCCAGUGUCUCGUCCAGGGGAAACCGUCUCCUGGCUGUUCCCUCCAUCUUAAACCCCCCAUGUCUCAGGCCUGCAACACCAACUUUUGUCCACAACCUGAGAAGAAAGACCUUGCAUGUAGGGAUUAUUUCAGCUGGUGCUACCUGGUGCCUCAGCACGGAGUCUGCAACCACAAGUUCUACGGCAAGCAGUGCUGCCAGUCCUGCUCCAAUUCAAACCUAUAAUUUUAUGAAGUGACUAAGUCUGGGACACAGACAGCUAGGUGGUUAGAUAGUCAACGGACUAUAUUUUGAUGUCCAUGCUUUUUGUUUGAAGCGUGUGGCGAGCACUGAAAAACAAAGUACGUUUCAAUGGAAGUGCGAGAGAGUUGCCGUGCCCUUUGUUCUCCCUGCGAUGCCGGACAUCUGGAUACAAGAACUUGAUGCUGACGGCACCACACAGGAAUGUGAUCAGGAAAGAAUAAAUAAAGAAGAGAAUAAUGAGGAGGAACUAGCAAAAUUGGAAUCUUGAUUAAAGCCAAUAGGACUGACAUGUCUGAAAGAAACUGAAAACCUGAAAAAGCCCAGCUUUGUUUAUAUACUGUAAGUGAACAGAUCUAUACCCAGGACACCAGCAUCUCCAGCCAGCCAAAGGCCACUGAUGGCAAACCUACAGAGAGAAACUGUUGAUGAGGUUUCAAGCACAACAUGUGAUACACCCUGGUCUGUGUUGCAGCUCUUGAUCAAUUGCUAAUCUGGGGACUGAUUAUGAAAAGGGAUGUUUCAAAGAAGCAAUUACUUAGAUAUAAUUUUACCCGGAGCUCGAUUAAAAACGGGUCAUUCAGAGUGGAGUUCCUCAAUAGCUGGACAAUAGCAGACGGCUCUGUCCUGUCAUAUAAGAGACAAAAAGGAAAGAAAACAAAUGAUUCAUACACGAGAGAACUAUUCUGAGAUCAGGCUGUCUGUGUGAACCGUCCUUCAUACUCAUUGGUGCUACAACUUUGUCUCACUGAUUUCACCAAAUCAAUGUGAAGUCCUCAAGUUUCAGGAAUGAACAAAUGAAUUAUGUGACCCGUGUACAGUAUUGUUUGUUUUAUUUAUUGGCUUUAGAAUACAGCAUUGCUGGAAGACUGUAUUAAUAAGCAUUAUAAAUAUGUCCUUUAUUACUCCACCCUAAACCCAGUACUUGGAUAUUUUGUAUUAUGUUUCAUUACAUGCUGACAAACUGCACCUUCUAAUGCAAACAAUUAUUUGAUUUUGAAAGAAAACAGAGGUUUGAAAAAACUUCUGUCAAGUUGAAAUCUUUAUCGGUAACCAUCCAUACGAGCAUGUUGUUUUAAAAAGUCACUGGUCCACAUUUUAUUACUUUACAUUAUCAUACAAGGCAGUCAUGCAUUGCAUUCAACGAUAUGGCACAAAAAUGCAUUACAUAUCAAUUAUGGUUUGAAAGCACUGAUGGACAAUGGCUAAUACUAUUACAAUGUGUUUUAUAUAUGUUGUGACAGCAACUCAACUGAUUUGAGUCCUUUUAGCUGUAAGUCUGACUGAAUUUCAUCUUCCAGGGGGUAGAAACUUUUAAACUCUCUAUGGAUUCUUGCAAAGUGGAAAAAGGCUCAGGAAGGAAACUUGAUCACCUCCGUCAUACUUUUUUGGCUGAAGUCUACAACCGGGCAUGUUGCUGUCAUCGUGCCCUGAGAAAGGAUCUGCCUUUCAGUGUAUUAUUAACAUCACUAUCGUCAUUGUUGCCCGUUUGCACCUCCAUGACAGCAGGGACUCGACUGUUCUUUUGUAUUUCUGUGCCUUUGUAACUUUCACAUGUAACAGCUGUAAUGUAUGUUUGUAAGUUUAAACAUACCUCCAUAAGUACAGUGUUUCCUUCUAUUUAUUGUCUUUCUUUCCAGCAUAUACACAAUUGUACAGUUUAUCAUUUAACGUACAUUAAACCCCCCCUGCAUUCCUUUGUUUGCUUUAAGAUGUCACCAAGCCAGGUUCCUAAUUACCCUAUGAAUUAAAACAAAAUUCUCAAGCAGU